UCAACAAACAAACUAUCCUUAUCUUAUUAUCCAUCACCCUUUCAUUUUUCUCCUUAGUUUUUUUUAGUUUUUUUUCUUAUGUAACACUCUUUUCUCACUUUUUCUCUUCAACCCUCUCCAAUGAUUAUCUUGUAACCUUUCACCUCCCUUUUUUCCCUUCCAUUACCUAUUUUCCUUCCUCCCAAAUUCCUUCCAUCCCUUUUCUUCUGAGUUUUUCUCCCUUCCACCAUGGGCAACUGUUGCUCAGGUGGCACUGAUGAUCCUGAAGACAAGGGAGAAACAGAUCAACAAAACAACAAUGCCAAUGCAAAUGGUGACUCUUCUUCUGCUACAACGCCGCCGCCGUCUUCAAAACCUUCUAAACCGUCCAAACCGGCCGCGAUGGGACCGGUCCUCGGAAGGCCAAUGGAAGAUGUCAAAAGUACUUAUAGCAUUGGGAAGGAACUAGGGAGAGGACAAUUUGGUGUAACAUAUUUGUGCACACAUAAAACCACUGGAAAACAAUAUGCUUGCAAAACAAUAGCCAAGAGAAAGCUUGUUAACAAAGAAGACAUUGAAGAUGUUAAGAGGGAGGUUCAAAUCAUGCAUCAUCUCACAGGGCAGCCUAAUAUUGUCGAGCUUAUCGGCGCUUUUGAAGAUAAACAAUCUGUUCAUUUGGUUAUGGAGUUGUGCGCGGGCGGUGAACUUUUCGACCGAAUCAUCGCGAAAGGUCAUUACACCGAACGCGCUGCGGCUUCCUUGUUGCGAACCAUUGUUCAGAUUGUUCAUACCUGUCAUUCCAUGGGUGUUAUACAUAGAGAUCUUAAGCCAGAGAAUUUCCUUUUGUUGAACAAGGACGAGACUUCGCCUCUCCAAGCUACCGAUUUCGGUUUAUCCGUCUUUUACAAGCAAGGAGAAGUGUUUAAAGAUAUUGUCGGUAGCGCGUAUUACAUUGCACCGGAGGUUUUGAAGAGAAAAUACGGACCAGAAGUAGACAUUUGGAGCGUUGGCGUCAUGUUAUACAUUCUUCUAUGUGGUGUUCCACCAUUUUGGGCAGAAUCUGAAAAUGGCAUAUUCAAUGCCAUCCUAAAAGGCCACGUCGACUUCUCGAGCGAUCCAUGGCCCUCCAUUUCGCCUGCAGCAAAAGAUCUUGUAAGGAAAAUGCUGAACUCGGAUCCUAAGCAGAGGCUAACUGCAUAUGAAGUUUUGAAUCAUCCAUGGAUCAAGGAAGACGGAGAAGCACCGGAUACACCUCUCGACAAUGCUGUGCUCAAUAGACUCAAACAGUUCAGAGCGAUGAACCAGUUCAAGAAAGUUGCGCUAAAGGUUAUUGCUAGCUGCUUAUCAGAAGAAGAAAUCAUGGGAUUGAAGCAGAUGUUUAAGGGUAUGGACACCGACAACAGUGGAACGAUAACGAUUGAAGAGCUAAAACAAGGACUUGCAAAACAAGGAACUAGGUUGACAGAACAAGAAGUUAAGCAAUUAAUGGAAGCUGCAGAUGCUGAUGGCAAUGGAAUUAUAGAUUAUGACGAGUUCAUCACAGCAACGAUGCACAUGAACCGAUUGAACAGAGAAGAACAUGUUUAUACUGCAUUCCAAUACUUCGAUAAAGAUAACAGCGGCUACAUUACAAUUGAAGAACUAGAGCAAGCUUUACAUGAGUAUAACAUGCAUGAUGGCAGGGACAUAAAGGAAAUCAUUUCAGAAGUUGAUGCAGAUAAUGAUGGUCGGAUUAACUACGAUGAGUUUGCUGCUAUGAUGAGCAAAGGAAACCCGGAAGCACAUACCAAGAAACGGCGUGAUUCAACCUUGUUUUAGUAAGGGGCUAUGAGAAGAUAAUCUCUUUCGGUGUUGUGUUCUUGAGAAUAUCAGAUGCUGGUGAGAGAAAAAUAACAGAAUGUUAAGCUUGGUAGUUGUUUGGUUGGAUAGGGUUAUGGGUUUGGAAUGGGUGGUGAAAACAAACAGAAUUGGAAGGGCAAAAAGAGCUUCAACUAACCUAUGAAAAAUGUAUAAACACGCUAGGUAUUAUUUGAUUGGUUGGUUUUACUUCAUUUUUUUAUUUCCUUGUAACAUGUCUUAUAAUGUAAUUGAUGUUCACUUAGGAAUCAAAGCAAAGGGUGUUUAUUUA